AUGCCGCAGCCACGCCGUGGGGCCAUCCCACCGGUGUCACUCAAGGGCAGGAAGAGUUUGAGGACGAAGAAAAAGCUGCAGACCGAGUUUGAGAUUCGCAUAUACGACCAGCCACACUACGUCGCUGGCCAAACGCCACCCCAACCACCUAUAACGCUCGUCCCUCCACGUGACACCGAUGCCUUCAUCAUCGACAAGGUCGUCACCCCCUUUUAUGUGCUCCCGGAGGAGGAGCGGACGGUCCGGAGGGUGCUAAACUAUGUCGUUGGCUGGCCGGACCGGCCUCUUGAGCGCUUGCUCGUGCCAUGCACGCAGAUACUCGAUUAUGUCUCGCCGCGCGAACUUGAGGACUGGGAGUAUACCCGCAUGCUCCGUGAUCAGCGCGAGAUAGAUGAUGCCGAGACUGCGAAUGAGAGCGAGACCACACAGGCGCCGGCAGGCGGCGACGGGCCGCACCACCACCAAAAAAGACGCCGGGUAUCACCGUCAGGUGGCAGCAACGCGGAGGAGUACGAUGCGCCGCCGAUAAAACAUCCCCGUGGCCCACGACGAAAGCAGCGCGGCCGUCCACGACACGUGACGAAUGCCCCAGAGAGCACCGAGGCUGUGGCCGCCAUCGCAACUACUGCAGUUGCUUCUACUACCUCUACCACCAAAACCCUUGAAACACCCGGGACGCCCUCCUCACAUCUGCUCGCCCAGAGCCUCCCGCCACUCGGGGCCGGAAACCAGCGCACUGGUUUGCCUUUGACGCUGCCGGUGCCGUUGCCGUUCCAGCAGUUGGCUGAGAAGCUGGACGGUGAGUCGUCCAACGAAGGCGGCGAGCCUGUCGGUGCCGAGAACCCAACCGCAGCAUCAACGACCGACGAUGGAGACAGCUCAGACCGGGUUGACGAGACGGGCGACGAUUGGCCCGGGGACGAUGUUAGCGUUCCCGUGACAGGAAUCUUUUCUGGCAUUGACACCACUUCAACAGUCUCACGGGAUACAUAUGAGGACUCAACUCGGCGAGAAGUAGCUGAUUUGCCGCCAGUGGAAACGCUAUGUUCUCCGAUUAACAACAUCCCCGGUGCCAAAACUACACAACUGCAAGCAGACCUACCGCAGCCUCGACAUAAAACGCCACAUCGUGUUUCCUACGUACCCCCACCAUUGGUCCCAAUUUUGAAGCCUGAGCCCAAAAUAACACCAAUCUUGCCGCCAAAGACGCCCAAUAUGUCUUCUCAGUCGUCAUCGCAAUCAAUAAAUCCUUUCAGUACAAUGGCCGCGGCAGGUGCUGGUACUCAACCGUCUCAGAAGAGAAAACAUCAAGAGUUCUCAGCACCUGGCGCUUCACUUUGGACGCCAAUACCACAGCCAGUAGGGCUGAACCAGACUGAAUUCACCGUCGAUGGAAGCACGGCUGAUGCAGAUGCUGAUGAAGUUAAAGGCGAAGAUCUCUACGAAGUGGACUGCCUGGAGGAUGACUUUAUCGCGCCAGCAGACGACGGAACUGGUGACAUGUCCGGAAACGAAAAGUCUGAGCCCGUACGCUACUUUCUUGUCCGCUGGAAGGGAGACUGGCCUCCGGACCAGAACCCCACGUGGGAGCCUGCCGAUAACCUGCCGCCACGCAUGGUGCGACACUAUUUGAAGAAGACUCGGCGUAGAGCCGCAGAACUUGCUGACAAAGAUAUCCAUUUCGAUGCAGUCAGACCAGCUGGUGUCUAUCGAAUCAAUUAG